AUGUACUACGACUCGUGCACGCUCCACUACUCCAACGCCUCCCGGGACCCGGCGCCGGUGGCAGCGCGGACGUAUAGGUACUGGGAGAGCACAAAUGUCACGUCCGAGCAGGCCCUGUUCAACAGCCUCGUGGCCAGGCUCGUGAACGCCACCGCGGACUACGCCGCGUACAACUCCACACGCCGGUACGCCUCCGGGGAGGCCGACUUCGACCGGGAGUUUCCCAAGAUCUACAGCUGGGGGCAGUGCACGCCCGACCUCACCGGGCCGCAGUGCCGACAGUGCCUCGCCAAGAACACGGUGCUGCUGCCGGAGUAUUUCGUGGACAGCACAGGAGCCAGAGCUCUGCAGGUCAGGUGCAGCUUCCGGUACCAGACCUAUUCCUUCUUUGAUGGCCCUGUCAUGGUGCGGCUGCCAGCACCAUCAUCGAGCACCCAAGCACCCGCGCCUGCUCCUGCGCCUGUUGCGGUACCCACGGGUUUGACGCCUAAGCCGGCGACGGCAUCCACAAAAGAUCCCAGUUAUUUCGCCGACGAGGAGGACAAUGAAAGUGUAGACUCGAUGUUGAUUGACAUUUCAACCUUGCGAGUUGCAACCGGGAAUUUUGCAGAUAGCAACAAGCUUGGUGAUGGCGGAUUUGGUGCCGUGUACAAGGGUAUUCUUCCAGACGGUGACGAAAUAGCAGUGAAGAGACUAUCAAAGAGCUCAACACAAGGAGUAGAGGAGCUCAAAAAUGAACUCUCUUUGGUUGCAAAGCUUAGGCACAAGAACCUUGUCACACUUCUUGGCGUCUGCUUGGAGCAACAAGAGAGGCUGCUUGUCUACGAGUUCGUUCCUAACCGAAGCCUCGACCUCUUCCUUUUCGAUGCUGAGAAACAUGUAGAACUGGAUUGGGAAAAGAGGUACAAGAUCAUUAAUGGAAUUGCUCGAGGAUUGCAAUACCUCCAUGAAGACUCCCAGCUCAGAGUGGUCCACCGUGAUCUCAAAACUAGCAACAUAUUGCUUGACAAAGAUAUGAAUCCGAAGAUAUCAGAUUUUGGAAUUGCGAGACUAUUUGGGCAAGAUCAGACCCAUGGAAUAACGAAACAUGUCGUCGGCACAUACGGAUAUAUGGCACCGGAGUACGUGAUGUGUGGGAACUACUCUGUGAAAUCUGAUUCAUUCAGCUUCGGCGUCAUGGUUCUUGAGAUUGUGACGGGAAGGAAGAACAAUGACUACAAUAAUUCUGAGAAAUCUCAAGAUCUUCUGAAUGUGAUGUGGGACCGUUGGAUGGCCACAACAGUGUUGGACAUGAUGGAUCCGUGCAUGAACACCAGCUUCUCAGAGAGCUGCGUGCUAAGAUGCAUCCAUAUAGGGCUUCUGUGUGUUCAAGAAAACCCGGCUGAUCGACCACUUAUGUCGUCUGUGGUCAUGAUGCUCGGAAGCGAUACCGUGCCUCUCUCUGCCCCAUCUAAGCCGGCGUUCUACACCAAGGAGGCUAGCGACAACUUGGGCAUCGCGUCAACUUAG